ACUUACACACCGCUUUACUUUUAAAGAAACUCAGAAGAAUGAACCAAACACUUGGACUACUUUGGGAAAGUUAGUUGUAUUAAACAUCUUUCUAGAAAAGUAUAAUUUAGAAGCUUCUCCUCCCGGUGCGGUGAGUCUCGGAGCUGGUUCAGGAUCAUGGAAGAACUGGCCCGGGAGAGCAUCAGCCUGCUGGCCCGGUCUGCGUCUCAUGCGGACCCGCCGCGGCUCGGCUCGAUCGGCGCGGUGUUCAUCAUGCUGAAGUCUGCGCUGGGAGCCGGACUGCUCAACUUCCCCUGGGCUUUCCAGAAGGCGGGGGGAGUGAAAUCUGCCAUCAGCGUGGAGCUGGUUUCACUGGUUUUCCUCAUCAGUGGUUUGGUCAUCCUCGGCUAUGCCUCAUUGGUCAGCAGACAGAAGACUUAUCAGGACGUGGUGAGUGAGGUGUGUGGACGAGCUGUGGGUCAACUCUGUGAAGUCUGUUUCUGCUUCAACCUCUUCAUGAUAAGCGUCGCCUUCCUGGUGGUGGUGCAGGACCAGCUGGAGAAAUUGUGUAUUUCUUUAUAUGAGACGGUGACUGGGUCCAGUGAGGGAGAGAUGCCGUAUCACUGGUACACAGACCAGCGAUUUGCCCUCUUCAUCAUGUGCCUCGUCAUCAUCCUACCCCUGUCCAUCUCUAAAGAAAUCGGCAUCCAGAAAUACACAAGUGUGUUGGGGACGCUGGCUGCUACAUAUCUGUGUGUGGCAGUGAUCGUCAAAUAUUGCCUGAUGGAGAGCCACGCUGUUAUAAUAAUUCCAGAGCACAGCCAAGGUGUCAGUUCGUGGGCUUCAGUGUUCAGUGUCGUGCCGACCAUCUGCUUUGGCUUCCAGUGUCAUGAAGCCAGUAUAGCAAUCUACAGCAGCAUGGAGAACCAGAAGCUCUCCCACUGGGUGGUCAUCUCUGUGCUCUCCAUGUUUUUCUGUCUCCUCAUCUACACUCUGACCGGUGUGUACGGCUUCAUGACGUUUGGACGAGCUGUUGCCUCAGAUAUUUUGAUGUCAUAUCCAGGAAAUGAUGUGGUCAUGAUCAUUUCCAGACUACUUUUUGGAAUAUCAAUUAUCACUAUCUAUCCUAUUCUUCUUCUUCUGGGGAGAUCUGUCAUCCUGAACCUGAUGCUGCGCGUUCAAAGACGUCGUCAGGGAAUCGUCACUCAUUCGUUUGAGAGUCGCUGCAGAGUCGUUCUCACUGUUAUCUGGAUCACCGUCACUCUUCUCAUCGCCAUGUUUGUCCCCGACAUGGGUGAGGUCAUCAGUGUCAUUGGAGGAAUCAGCGCCUUCUUCAUCUUUAUUUUUCCUGGUCUGUGCUUAGUGUUCAUAAUGCAAACUGAGUCUGUGACUCCAAGAGUCAGGGUGAUUUUAACAGUUUGGGGAGUCAUAACUAUUGUAGUUGGAGCCUUCAUCUUCGGACAGAGCACAACCAUCGCUGUCAUGGAGCUUUUCCAAAAAUUCUGAAUUUCACACCAUCAUCACCACUAUCUGCAGCAGCUGCUUCACUGUGACUCCAGAGCGUUUUGUGAGGCUCAACUCUUUUGUGCACAACUGAAACUUGCAUUUGUAAAGGUGGUUUUUAGUUGUAUAUAUGAUUCUUAUCAAGGUCAUCCAUGACCUGGAUAUAAAAUAUAGUUGCUAUGUGAGAAUGUAAUCAUUUUUUUGUGUGAUGCAUACAUAUUGGAUUUAAAUGCACAAUUAUAUAGUGUCAAAGAGAAGAAUGCCAAAAUGCAUUGUUAGGUAUUUAAUUGUUUAGCAUGUGCAGAAAAAUAUUUAUGUUUGAAUAUAUGUCUCUGUUUUACUAUUUUAUUUGGUAUGCCAAUAAUUUACCUACAAUAUUAAAUGAGAAUCACAAAGUGUUGCCUCUUUGAGUCUUCAAUUGUACUUGCAAACGCUGCCAGGGGGCAGCAUCGCACUACUGAGGCAUUAUAUAUUUAUCUGCGUUGUCACUCAUUCAUAUAUGAGUGGAACUGCAUAAAUACGGCAACACAGAUAACAGAAAAAAACAGUUCUUAUCAUUGUUAUUAUGGUCCCACGGAUCAUUUUGACAACUUAGCAAGACAAUAUUCUUCUUUAAUGUAAACAGAUGGAUUUUAUGCCCUUGAAAUGCAUGUUUACAUCUACCAGAUGAUAAUGUGAGUGAAUAUUAUUAAGAUUUUUUUCUUUUAAGUACAUGAUUCUUAUCCUUCCUCUGCAUUUUUCCAUUCUCUCUCCCCACUGACCUCCAUGUGGCCUGAAUCAUAAGAGUGAUAUAAAUCUGCAGCUUUCAUUGAGCACAGAUUGAUGGCUGAGGUAUGAUGAA